AUGGGUCCUACUAUUCAAUCAGGGACGACGCCAGAUCGAGAUACUCGAAAGCGCUUUCCCAUGACAAAUGGCCAGCGCAAGGACUUACGUGAUCGCGCCAGGCUGACACCACAUGUAAAACAGAAAGAACUAUGUAUCUGGUUUCGCCAAAAGUAUGGACAUACACCAUCUCAAGGCACUGUAUCUGAUAGCUUAUCCGCCAAAUACGACUGGCUUGAUGAUCCCGAGGCAACCAUCAACUAUGAAGCUGUCAAAUUGAGACCCUCGAACUGGCCUGAUCUCGAGGAAGCCUUGAUAACAUGGUAUCGUCAGAAUGAGGGACAGAUGAAUAUCAACUAUACCGUACUCGGUCAACAGGCUGCUCGGCUGUGGCAUGAGAUGGAGCAGUACAAAGAUCAGACUCCACCGCAAUUCAGCAAUGGCUGGCUUGAUGGCUUCAAGAGACGACACAACCUUACUCGGCGUACCAAUAGAAAGUCGCAGGGUGUUGCUCCACGUGUGCCGGCUGGUGUACGAUUACAACGCUUAACCGCAAAUCAGCCUAUGAACGAGCCUGCUCAACCUGAUCAAGACAUUGGUGAUCAAUCAGAAGUCGACUGUAGCGUGUCAGAGCUUGAACGAUCUAUUGCGCAGUACAACAGUCCGUAUGCUUCUCCACCACAUCCUGCAGUCACUGAAGCACGCCGACUGUUUGGUCAAACAACGCCUGCAACACCAUCUCAAUCUCAGCCCCGACAACCCGAGUCACGUUGUGCUUUGCCUCGCAUCUACAGUGAAGCCGAUAUUGUAGAUCUAGUCUCGAGUGCAUGCCAGAUUGCCAGCCAGUUCAGCCCAUCAGACAUCUACAUCUGCGACGAAACGAAACUCUUCUGGAACCAGAGACCGGAUCGUCGUCAUCUUGCAUCCGAGACCGCUCAGAUUUUGAAUAUGCUUUGCUGUAAUGCUGACGGUAGUGAUAAGCUUCCACUCUGGCUGAUAGGGACGCAUCAAUCGCCUCGAGCAUUCGACCUCGCUGGUAUCAACGUCAAUGCUUUGAAUUGUGUUUGGAAGGCUGACACCUCUGCCGAAUUACAAUUUGUCGUCAUGCGAGAUUGGCUAAGAUGGUUUGACAAGCGCAUGGCUGGGCGAAGAGUGUUACUUUUCCUUGAUGAUCUUACUGUCCAUCAAGACGUUAUUGAGAGCUUUCGCUCGACACAACAGCCGCUUCAAAACACUAUAGUGUACAGGCUUCCCCCAAACUCGCCCGAGAGGUUUCACCAGCCGGUCAAAGGAAUCGUCAGGACCUUCAAAGCUCACUAUCGAAAGAAGUGGCUGCGACACAUGACUGACCAGAUUGGUCUGGGCAGAGAUCCACUGAAGACAACGAAUGUGCUACAUGCAGUCCGAUGGGCAAUCCAAGCAUGGCAGUCUACGUCCAGCAGUGCUAUCAACAGCUGUUGGAUGCACUCUACACUUAUCUCGUCUACGCAAGAUACGCCACCAAACCCUUCCUCUGAACUCGUCAUACCAGAAACUCUCGAGUUGACCCUUGAGAUCCAAACACUACUCGACCGUCUUCGACAACAAAACGACAUCCGUCUCCACAGCACGAUAAAUGAUUUUAUCGAUCCUCGUGAAGAAGAGUACAAGGACACGAUUUCGAGUGCAGUGACGCCUGCUUUCAUGACUCGGCCGAAUUAUGAGCCUAACGAGGAGCCAGAUCAAUCGUCUAGAGUCACUGUGAAAGAAGCUUUGAAGGCACUGGAGACGCUUCGAAAGUUUGAGGAACAGGCUGCUGAUGAGCAAGUCACUCUGAUCCAGCGAUUGGACGAACAUGAGGAGAGGUUGCGAAGAAAGCAGCGAGAGAUUGAGAGACAAGAGUCCAUGUCUACCUUGUUCAGUAUACACUCUUGA